AGUGUCGUUUCAGUCUCCAGGCUGUGACCAUCUAGCCGCUCUCUGCAACCAUUCCCUCAUUAAAGUAGUGAAAUAAAUAGUCAGCAUCAGUUAAUUACAAGGCUUGAUUUCACGUUACUCGGUGAUAAAGUAAUAACACGUACAUUGAAGUGAACGGAGAAGAGAGUUGAGUGGUAGUAGAAUUCACUGAUCCUGAAACUACUUCCUUUCUCCAGAAACAAUGCGACGCGUGCUUCUAAUUUCCCUAUCGUGUCUAGUUUGAUAGAUUCUAUGCGAUCCUUUUCUCGAGGAUCUAAAAUUUAAAUAGCUUCAAACUCCGAAUUGUUGAUAUAACAAUAACGAGUUAGUUGAUCCACAAUUUAUUGAUUCCAGACUUCUAGAAUAAAAGGAUGAAGAUCCCGACACCUGGCCUAUUCCCUACAGGUGACUAUAGGAAAGAUGGGUUGGCCCUUUUCACAAAGCUCAUUAGGACAAAGAAUGUGGAGGGCAUGCAAGGAGAGUUGCCUCCGCGACUUCAUGCCAAGUCUGAUAAGAAACUCAAAUUGAAGAAAUGCUUGACAACGUUAGAUUUAACGUCGCUUGGAGUGGGAUCCUGUGUCGGCACAGGAAUGUAUCUUGUAGCAGGAAUGGUGGCCAAAAACGUAGCUGGGCCAGGAGUUGUCAUAUCUUUCAUUAUAGCAGCCAUUGCCUCUAUUUUCUCUGGUGCCUGUUAUGCCGAGUUCGGAGUUCGCGUUCCACACACGACGGGCUCGGCCUAUAUGUACAGUUAUGUGACAGUAGGUGAAUUUGUAGCAUUUGUAAUUGGAUGGAACAUGGUGCUCGAAUACCUGAUAGGUACGUCGGCGUGCGCAUGCGCGUUGUCGGCCUGCUUUGAUGCGUUGACCGACGGCGCCAUCAGCAGUUUAGUCACCGAGUCCGUCGGAACUUUCUUUGGUCGGCCACCUGACUUUUUAGCGUUUGUGAUAACGCUGCUGAUGAUGCUGUUGAUGGCAGCCGGGGUGAAGAAGUCGCUGGUCUUCAACAACAUCCUGAACGCCAUUAACCUGUCAGCGUGGGUGUUCGUCAUGACAGCUGGCAUGUUCUACGUGAACACGGCCAACUGGUCAGAGCACAAGGGCUUCCUACCAUACGGCUGGUCCGGGGUGUUCACGGGAGCAGCGACUUGUUUCUAUGCCUUCAUUGGCUUCGACAUAAUCGCAACUACAGGCGAAGAAGCCAACAACCCGAAAAAAUCGAUACCACUAGCCAUAGUUACUAGCCUUAUUAUCAUUCUAAUUGCCUACGUCACCUCUUCCAUGAUGCUCACUCUUAUAGUGCCGUACGAGAAGGUGGACCAGGACUCGGCGCUGGUGGAGAUGUUCGGCCAGGUGGGCGCCUGGCGGUGCAAGCUGGUGGUGGCAGUGGGUGCGUUGGCUGGCCUGUCAGUGAGCAUGUUCGGCAGCAUGUUCCCCAUGCCUCGCAUCGUCUACGCCAUGGCUCAGGACGGCCUCAUCUUCCGCACCCUCGCCCAGGUGUUCCCUCUCACCGGCACCCCGGUCGUCGCCACCUUCGGCUCGGGCUUUGCCGCAGCCAUUGCCGCACUCCUCAUCAGCCUCGAAGUCCUCGUUGAAAUGAUGUCAAUCGGAACACUAUUGGCCUACACGCUGGUUUCAACUUGCGUUUUGAUACUACGGUACCAGCCACAUUCUACCAACUUGGUUGAUCUACUACCUGAAUCACUCAGAACACCAGUUAAAGGUUCUCCAUCGAAAGAGACGUUAUCUAAUGGACAGGUCAGUUAUGGGAAUCAGUUACACCCAGACCAGUUGAGAUCAGCACUGGGAGGGGUUCCAGCUCAGCAGCCCCCUGCUGGGCCACAACCAUCACCAGGACUGACCAGCACACUCACACAGCAGCAACAGCAGCAGCAGAGGAUCAUGGUUCGACGGGUCACUCGCAGCUCGCCGGAUUCAGAUGACACGUUCCCAGGGGAAGAGCCUGACGAGUUUUCGAUGCGUGACGACCAGUUCCUGGUGGCUGACCGCAGCGAGAACAAGUUCUACGGCACGGUGCACGGCGGCUCUAGUGCCGGAGGCGGCGGGGUUGCCGGUCCCACCUUAGGUGCUAUUGGUCGGCGUCUACAGGCAGUGACAUACCUGUGUCCAGCUAUCUUCCCAUGGGUUGAUAGUGGCCCAGCAACGGAAGACUCAGGGAUGUUUGUCAUGAAGAUGGUCGGCAUUCUGUACAUACUCAUUCUCAUAUUCGACCUGAUUAUAGUACUUGGAAUGGGUUCAGACUCUUCAAUAGUCACAUUCCUUGUCAUCUUCUUUCUGCUCUGCAUCAUUGCUCUCCUACUCAUCAUAUCAAGGAAGCCUCAAAAUAGGAAAACAUUGAUGUUUAUGACUCCGGGCAUCCCAUUUGUGCCAGCAAUUGCAGUCAUUGUGAAUAUCUACCUCAUUUUCAAACUCUCAAUUUUAACAUUGGUUCGCUUCACUGUAUGGAUGAUCAUAGGACUACUGGUUUACUUCUACUAUGGUAUCAAACACAGCUCUCUGGAAGAGGAAGAAGAUCCUCAGAAUAUUGAGUUAUCAGUGACAACGGAGAAGCCUCCUCCAGCACAGCAAACGGUGGACUCUGAGCGUGAGACGCCAGCUUGGGAUUCGGCCUCCUAUCACCAGCCACAACAGGCGUCAUCUCCCUACACCAGCAUACAACAGCCUCCCUCUUCCGGCUCCAAUAGAGCGCCUCUCUUUGUCUCUCCUCAGCAAUUCCCGACGUGGGAUGAUUAGAUUCAUCAUUUUUACCGUCAACGAAAAUUACGUUUUUUAGCCGCGGUUCGUUUUCUGUACAAUCAAAGAAUAAUUUGCUGAUGAAAUGAUGAACCUCAUGACGAAUGUACAAUUGGAUUUCUUCCAGCUUAUUCCAUUAAGUAGGUUUAAGUAGCUUUUCCUGUAAAUGGAGAUAGUGUGUUCUCGACACUUUUUUCUGGAAACUUACAAAUAGGAUUGAUGAUAUCAAUUAAUUUAGGAAUGAAACUCUUCCUCGAAUACUACUGAUUGAUACCCUGAAUACAUCUCACAAUCGUUAAAACACCGAAUAAUCUGUCAAAGGAAAACGAUCUGUAAUGGGAAAUUUACUUUUAAAAAUAAUUAUCUCCUGUUCAAUUGAAUCUCUGAUCUACUAUCACAAGUUCCCUUUCAUCCUUGAUUUUUUCCUAUUCCAAUAUGUAUUUAUUUAUUUAUUCGUGGAUACAAAUGUAAUUUAUUCGGGAUAUUGUACCCGUUUUAAUCAUACAUUGAAGUUAGAAGUCAAUACAGUAUUAAAUAUCAUCGUUUAAUGGAUACUUAGUGCUUUCAAUAUGCUUCUUGCUUGGAAGAAGAAUGGUGUCCUUAUUCAAUAGUAUCACUAUCAAUUCAUUUUGUAUAAAGAAACCAAUAAUGAAUAAGAUACUAUCCACAUCAUUCUAUAAAAUAAAUUUCAAUCCAAGCGAAUUGUUCUUAUUAGAAUGGUAAUUGGAGGUAGAUGACAUUUAUGGAGCAUUUAUAAUUAAAUAUAAAAGGGUGAACUGAAAAGCUGAAAGUGGAUAUUUCUACUGCUUACCGUAUUUUUUAUAUUUGGGAGAAUUGAAAAAGAAUCGAGAACUGAAUGUUCACACAAGAAAGUUCUCUGUUUCUUGAAACUUCAAGUAAAUUACAAAUUAUCGGAUUGACUUCUUCAUGCUUUAGAGAAGUCAACAUUGAAAUAUUGAUGAGUGAAGUGCACUUCAAUAAUAAUAAUUAUGCACUUUCGAAUACCAUAUUUGUUGUAGAAGUCUAAUUUAACAUUAUUUGUACCAGAACGAUCAAUAGCUUCCAGUAGUUGUAGGGCCAUAGGUGUCUCAUUUUGUCUAUUCCAUGCUCCUCUUCUUCUGAUUCUUUGAUGAAAAUUUAUAUUGAAAUAUUCAUAUUGCAACAAAAACCAUUAAUUUGGUACUUUUGUUGAAUAUCAGGGGUUGAUUCGAUUGAGUUGAAACUGAAACAUGAUUAAUACAACAUCUCAAUUGAACUCAUUAUUUAUUAUAUGAAUUAAUUUCAUGAUAAUAAAACUGUCAACUGUCUCGAUUUGCAAGAUUAGACAUAAGUCUUUGAAGUACGAUAUUCUACUUGAUGUAUAGCCUGUUACUCUAUGUAUGGGAGGGAGAAAUUUUUUUGUAGUAGAAAGAGAUUAUUGAUAGGGGAAUAUUAUGUAAUAAAUUCAACAUCAAUGAAUUGUAAAUUGCUACUUAAUCAUAGAGUGUCACUCUUCCCACAAUGAUGGAUGAAUAUUUAUUCAACAUUCAUAAUGAAUAUUAUCAAACUAAAUUAAAGAGCCUAGUCGAUGAAUAGACUACGUACAACUAUAACAAAAAAUUAGAUUAAAAAUAUAUAUAUUGAGCUUUUAUUGCUAACUUUAGCUUCUAUCGCUAAAUCUUUUAAAGAUUUUUGAAGGAUUUCGAUGCAUAAACCAUUAAAAACUGUCUCAAAAUAUUCCUAUAGGUAUAGGCCUACUACAAUAUUGUACAUUUGUAUUAUUUUUGCUAUGAUGGACACUUCCAAUACUGUUAAUACUAUAUAAUUCACGUUAAAUUUUUCCCCCACUAAGUUACAAGUCAACUCCAGGUCCUGGAAACACAGAGAGCGAUCCGUGAUCUGCAAUAUUAGAGCAGUCUUGGGUACCGUAUCUAUAUCCAUAUGGAAUAUAUCUAUGGGCUAUCUAUAUCCUCCUAAAACCGCUAUGAUCGCCGAUCGCUCUCUGUGUGUCCGGACCCUUAGAUGAGAUUAAUAAAGUGAUUUCAGGAAGCAUAUAUAUCAUUUCUUUAACAUAAUAGUUUUCUUCUAGCACUCAUUUCAACAUUCCAUGCUAACACUACUCACUGGUGAAUUUCAGAGCAACUAUUUAUGUAUGUAUCGAUUUGUGCAUACAAUUACAAAUCAUAUGAACUAGUAGCAUAAAAUAAGAUGAUUCAACUCAAGCAUCAGCGAUGUAAUGCAUGAGGGAGUUAUACUCCUUUAAAUGGGGCUUUAAGAGUGCAUGAAGGGCCUACAAGCUACAAGUGACACCUUCUGGCAUUUUCUCUUUCUUAAACUAAAAUCUUCCCGCUCUAGUUAAUAAUAUACUCUUGCAAAUAUUCCGUCACUGUGUGAACAUUAUCAUGAGAAUCAAUUAUAUUAUUUUUGAAAAGGCCCAUGGGUCUAAUCCUUACAUCAAAUGGCAAAUGAAUAAGAACAUGAAUAGCUGUUAUAGUCACUUCAUCCACUUAGCUCUUAAAUUGGUUCAAAGUUCAAAAGAAUGUUUAGACUCGGUUGCUAGAUCUUUCGAGCCCCUUCUCUAGCUAUCAGCUAGUUAUCUGUCUACCUAUCUAUCUUGCUGACAUUACAGAUAAUAUAGAUAACAUGGAGUAAACAAGUGUGAAUACAGUACAUAGUUGCCUAUAUAGUUAUUGAGAAAAAAUAAUCGUUUUUCAGUAUUAAUAAUUGGUAUAUUAUUAGAAUUACUCGGUUGUAGAAUGAGAAUUUCAACUCUUAAGUUGACACUGAGAUUAUCAAUGUUCCAGUUGAACGUAGGAUCUAGUGAUAGUUUUUCUAUUUUGUUCCAUAGGAAAUAAUGUCUUAAUGUAAAGUUCAAAUCUUAAAUGUUUCCAUGUACAGUAAUGGAUGAGAUUUACUGUUCUUAAUGUACAUAGUUUUUUAAUAAUGUCGUUCCUUAUCAUGCAUAAUAUGCUAAUGUUAUACAACCACUUUACACUUUUCUCCUUCCAGGAAUAUCAAUCCCUUGAUGAAUUAUUAUCAGAAAUCUUCCAAAAAAUCAUUACAUUAUCAUGAAAAUGAUUAGGACACUGAGAUUUUCUUUGUAAAAGUCAAUCAUCACAUACUUUUAUUAUAAUAUUUAUCAUCUAAUCAUCUUCAUAGAUAUACUAAUUUUUCAAUUUCUAUUACAUUGAUAAGAAAACGCCUCGGUAAUGUAUAUAAUAAAUUGAUAUUCAUUCAAUUGGAUAGCAGAGUUAUUUAUAUAGCCGAAUACCAUGAUAUUCAGUUAAUUGCUGGUACAAUAUUAAUACAGCUUAUUGUUGGGAGAAUGAGCACAAAUAAGAAAAACUAUCAAUUAAAAUCUAUCAAUUUUAAUAAUAUGAUAGAAUCUAAUUAGUCUAGACAACAUGAUGAUAAGAUUCACAUGACUACUCGAAAAAUGACGAAUAGCUUGUUGUUACUGUUAUGAUUAUUGUUGAAUUGUUGGAACGGGCGAUGAAAAUCUGUUAAAAUUUUAUUAUGAAUAUAAAAUUAAUACGUUUAUCAUUAUUCUAUAAAUAAUAAUAUUAUUAGUCUUAAACAUUCAAAGAUACAUUUGAAGGUAUGUUAUUAAUAUGAACGCCAUUUAAAUAAUAUUCAUUGUUAUAAACAAUACCCACUAUAUAAUAUAAAGAUUACUGCACUAUUAUAAUAUACGGUAUAUAUUACAUUCUUCUGUGAUUUAUAAUAUAUCAAUAUUUUCUGUUGUUAAAUUUGUUCUUGGAUGAUACUCGAAAUGAAUUGUUCUAUUGGAUAGGAGUAGGUUAUCUUGAAUAAAAUAUGUAUAUUUAUAUUAUGCUCUAUGUAAAAUUAUAAGCAAUGAAUUUAGACGAGUCUAGAUAAUUAGCAGAGUAAAUAAUAUUGUUCAUUGACUGUGAUUCAACUAACUUAAACUAAUACUCAGUGGACUUAUUACCAUGGUUUCUUCUUUUAUAAGAUGAGUGUUGAGAGAAUGAGUUGUAGAAGCAUAUUAAAUACAGAGAAAAACAAGAAUAGAUUCGAUGAUUUGACUAGAAUUACAGUAUUUAUAGUAGUCUAAUGAAUCAUCAAAUUUCCAAAUCUAGCUCUAAAACCUGCGGGUUCAGUACAAGAUUGACUUCUCGGAUUGAUAAAAAAUACAUUUUUUCUAAUUCAUUCGUCAAGAGACGAAUUCAUUGGAAUCAUUCUUAUGAUUUAAUUAUACAUGAUAGAUUACAUGUAUACAUUUGAAUAAAAUUUAGAUAAAUGGCCAAUGAAUUUCGGGGCUAAUUAAUGUUUUGCCGUUCAUGUAUCAUGAUGUGAUAGAACAUUAUUCAGAUGUGAAAAAUAGUUAUGAUUAUUGAUUUCAUGAGAAAAGUAUUAUUUCAUUUAUACAUACAAGCACAAAUCAUAUACAAUCACAAGUAAAAAUAAAUGUUCUCCAACUUAAUACAGCAUUAAAAAUAUGAGUUGGGAAGCGUUAAAAAAUUGACACAUUUCUGUAUUUCUCAAAAUCCAUAUAAAAAUAAAUUCGGAAAAUUUGCUCCAGUGAUUUUAUUUUUCGUAAAAUGUUUCAUAGAUGAAUUGGAACCCAUGACCAGAUAUUCAUAACUUUCACGUUGGAUACCUUCUCAUUCAAUGAACCAUUAUUGUAUGAUGUAAAUGUUUUAGUAGAAGAAUAAUGAAAACAAUAGGCCUAUGUAACCCUUGACUCAAUUUCUGAUAUUGAAAUAAUCACCUCUUUAUCAUUGAAAUUCUCUAUGAAGAAUAUUAAAUGUUCUAAUGUUGAGAAGAGGUUCUCAACCUUUUUCAUAGCCCUUAAUUCCAAUUUCACGUAUCUUUUUUAUCAUAGUGUGGAGGGGUUUUAUUGUUGUGAUUUGUGGAUUGUAUUGAAUUUUUAACAUUUAGACUUCGCUACGUAUGCCCUCUUGAUUUUUGGCACCUAAGAGGAACGAGUACCCCAUAGUGGUCGAGAAUCACUUUUCUCUGUGAUGAAACUGAUUUCAUAGCUAAAUAUGAUCAGUGUGAUUGGUGUUGUCAUAGGACUCAGAAAAUUAUUACACCUACUGCAGAAUCGAUUUAGAACGAAAUGAAAAAUCGUAUUAUGCACUAGCUUAAUCAAGCAAACGAUAAAUGAAUUUCCAUGCAUGCCAAUUUUGUGUAAUGAGGGAACAGAAGCCUUUCUAUGCAUUUCUGAAUGGAGAUGAAUACUGACUUAUGAAUCAGUUGAGGGUCAUGCAUAAACUGUAUUCAAUUUAAUUCUACUUAACUAUUAGAAUAGGAUGCAAUAAUAUUGAGGUAGCAGCUCUCGUACUCAAGUUUAUUAUCUUAACACAGAUAUACAUUCGUUUUACAAAUUUUAUAAAGGAGUAAUAUUAUAUCUGUUUAUGGAUUACCGUACAUAGUUGAUAAAUAUAUUUGAUAAAUAAUAAUUGUGGUUUUUUGAAUUCAUCUCUUAAAUAUGUGUGAUAUUACUGGGGAAUAUGAUACUAUGAGUGAUAAUUCGCGUGGAAAUUGCCUACCAGUGGUUUGAUAGCCUGCCUAUUAUGAAUCUAUCAUGUUUAUAACAUGUAUCAAAUAGGAGCUUCUCUUUAUACCAAAAUGGGGGUUUCAUAUUAUAUAGAUUACAAAUAGAAAACAUCUAGCACCACCUUAUUACUUUCAAAACGCCGUAUCUUUACAGAAGUAUAACACUGAACAGGAAUAUCAUUCCACUGGUUUCAUGGAUGACAUCACUGUAAAUGUUGCAUAUUCAUAAUGAUAUUCGACUGCGAUACAUAUAAGAUGUCGUAGGCUAUAUAUUUUAAUAAGAACAUAUUGUUGUAACAUAAUGUAAAUCAGAAUUUUUAUCAGAUAUCUAUAUAGAGGAUAAGCAUAUAAUAUACAGUUAUAUUUCAUUGCAAUAAUGUGUCUAAAAAAGUAUCAAACUGAAAUUCAUCUUUCUCAUUUUACAAAAGGUUAGAGGAUGCUAUUUGUAUUAUGAAUGUCACUAGUAAAAUUGAUUUUUGCCUUAAUUCAUGUUUAAAUUGUAGAAUUUAUUGAAAUUUUCAUAGAAUCACAAAUAAUAUAAUAUAUUUAAUGAAAUAUACAACUGUGGAAUAAUGAA